AUGUCUUUCAAGAGGCCAACUAUCGAGUCUCACAGAAUCUCGUCUUCUUCUCAGCCUGAAGUUAUAACUCUAGACGACAGUGACAAUGAAGAUACGCAGGAUCUGUUCGAUUCGUUUCCAGAGAGCAAAGCGGGUAGUCCGAAGAAAAGGAAAUCUGUUGCGCCUAAUCCUGUCAGGAAGCAUCUUACGCUAUCGCCUUUUCUGAAACGAGAAAGUCGAAAUUCUGAUGGAUGGAUCUCAAGUAGAAAAGUGAGGCGAUCAUCAUCAGCUAACGUAUCGCCGUGGAAACAAGUUCCGCCAACUGUUGCAUAUCGGAGAAGCACGAAAAGCGUUAAUGGCGAUACCAUUAGCAGAAAAGAUCCGCCUGUCAUAACGCUUGAUGAUGUGUCCUCGAAAUCUAUAGUGUGCACGAGGAGUCCUGAAAAGAAACCGAAACCUGGAUUAUGGACUAGGAAUCGAUUGCAAGAAAUAGCGCGCAAAUUCGAAGAACGGGAUCAGAUCUUAUCCAAGCUUGUCAGAGAGGACGAUGAGUUCCUCGACGUAGUCCAUGGUGGUGCUUUUGAUCGCGUCCAGAAAAAGGCCAAAGAAAGCCUGAAAGAAGGUGAGAUCAUACGCAAGCAAGCAGAUCGUGCUAAGUUACUUGGAGUGGCACAUCCUACUUCGGAAGCUUAUUUUGAUGCCUUGCAAUUAAGCCCUCAAACCAAGCAACAACGAAUCGACGAGGUAAGCCGCUAUCGUGUUGUUGCUCAGAAGAUGCCCAGCACUCCAAGGAAUUACUGGGAGGUUGGGUUUCCUUCCGAGUCUGAGCAACGCCGUCGUGGUUUGAUUAAGGAAGUACAUACGAAUAGUCACAACUGCCUUAGUACAAUGCUGGCUAUGUGUGGAUGCCGAAAAAAAGUCAACCUAAAAAGACCACCAAUCUACAAUGACCACAAAUACCAAGAAUCAAAACAGUUCAUGGUCGUGGGACCUCAGCCCUGA